CUACGGGAGCGGUGCCGGGAGCUGCACUAGUUCUCGGCGGGGAAGGGGCAGGGCUCCGUGCUUGCUGCCCCGCGUCGCGGUACAGGGGGUGGGUGGUGCCGCCCUGCGCUGACAGGUCCCGGAGCUCCUGCCCCCUAUAACCUGGGGCUCCUGGGUUCCCGCGCUGAGGGGCGAGGCCCCCUUUGCGGACGGGGCUGUCAGUGUACGACAGGCAGCGCUGCUUGCGCCCACUCCCCCACUCAGUGUCCUGCAAGCGGAGAUUGGUGCUCGCCGGGCGGUGUACGACACUCGCUCCGGAAAGGGGAGCCUGGUUCCCAGCGAGGAGCGGAGAGCGGUACUUGGGGGUCGGUUGCAGUUGGGCUCUAAGGGUUUCAGCCGGCAGCUUGGACAAGCAAGAGCUGCAGAAUCAGAUCCAGGCACUGUGCACCCUGAGGGGUCUUAGGUCGUGCCCGGGUUUAUGAUUGUUACUGAGACGCUGCAGGGGGCUGUGAUGGAGGGCGUGUCAGGUCGCCACGACUUCUAUAUCGGACUAGGCCUAGCUCUAUCCUCAAGUAUUUUCAUCGGAGGAAGUUUUAUCCUAAAGAAGAAAGGGCUUCUCAAGUUGGCCAGCAGGGGCUCCAUUAGGGCAGGACAAGGAGGUCAUGCAUACCUGAAGGAGUGGCUUUGGUGGGCAGGACUACUGUCCAUGGGAGUUGGAGAAGCAGCAAAUUUUGCUGCAUAUGCCUUUGCCCCAGCAACACUAGUAACUCCACUGGGUGCAUUAAGUGUUCUAGUCAGUGCAGUUUUGUCGUCCUACUUUCUGAAUGAGCACCUGAACGUUCAUGGAAAGAUUGGCUGCAUCUUGAGCAUUCUGGGCUCCACAGUGAUGGUAAUCCAUGCUCCACAGGGGGAGGAGGUAUCCAGCCUGGAGUCAAUGGCAGAGAAGCUUAAAGAUCCAGGGUUUAUAGCCUUCGCAGUGUGUGUGCUGGUGAGCUCCAUUCUCCUUAUCUUCGUGGCUGGGCCCCGUUAUGGGCGGAGCAACGUUCUGGUGUAUGUUUUGGUCUGCUCUGCCAUUGGCUCGCUCUCAGUGUCCUGUGUCAAGGGCUUGGGCAUCACACUGAAGGAACUGUUUGCUGGGAAGCAGGUCCUGAAAGAACCGCUGGGCUGGAUACUCCUGAUUUGCUUGGUGAUCUGCAUCAGUGUCCAGAUUAACUACCUGAACAAGGCCUUGGACAUCUUCAAUACGUCUGUGGUCACACCUAUCUACUAUGUCCUGUUUACCACAGCUGUCAUGACUUGUUCCGCCAUCCUCUUCAAGGAGUGGCAACACAUGGUCCUACACAACAUAAUUGGCACUAUAAGUGGCUUUCUAACCAUAGUCUCUGGCAUUUUCCUUCUGCAUGCAUUCAGAGACAUCCCCUUCACCCCAGACCUGCUGCCCCUCUUCCUGAAGCAAGGAAGGGCAGAUCUGCAUACUCUUCGGAGGGGAGCAGAAAAACACCAGUCCUGUCUACACCAGCCUCUUCUGGGCCCAGAGGACAUCCACAAUGGUUCUCAGACUGUGGAGGAGGAAGGUGAAAGUGUAUAACAACUCAUGAACCUGUUGCCUGGGAGAGUCUGGAACUUCUACCCAACAGCUUUCUAGUCUCACUACUGAGCUCCCCUUGGUGAAUUUGCUAGAUCAGACUUCACCAGCUACAGCUGUGUUAUUGGGAAUAAGUAAAUGUCUGCUGCCUAUUCUGUGAGAGUGUUCUCUGCUUCCACUGCUGGGGACCUAAAAGGCAAGUGAAGAGACCUGAUUGCAAUUUCCAGCUGUUAAAAACAAAACCUGGAAAAGAUCCCUACCAACACUGUAACUUGAGUUUCCUUUGUAAGAACAUGCUGCAGCUGCUAUCAGGCCACAGACUUACGUGGGAAGAGACCCGGCAGUAACACACUAAUCCUUACUGAAUGGAAGGACCACUCAGUGUAGGUGGCCUUAACAACAAAGCUUUUUUAAAAUAUUUUUUUAAAUAUUUAAACAUUGUUUACAAAACAUUCUAGCCACAUGCUGAGAUCCUUGUAUGUUGUCCCUGCCCGUACAGCAACAAGGGAUAAUGUGUUUUAA